AUGUUUGGGCUUCAGAACCCCAGGGUCACAGGCCAGAUACUACGCUCAGCGGACCGCCUCAUAAAGCGGUUCGCUAAACACAUACUUCACUUGAAUGAGCAUACCCCUGACGCAAAACUUCAUGCCAAGAUCAGGGACGGUGGCCUUGGGUUUUUGGACCUCCGACAUUUUAUUCCGGGCUUCUUCCUGAUAAGCCUGACCGGGCUUCUUGACCACGUCGACGGCCGAUCCUUGAGCGCCGUCCUACAGUGUGUCGAAACGCGAAGACUCAUUGAACGAUUGAACACCUUGAAAGGCGAUGUUCCAAAUGAUCAUCUGUGGCGAGACCGCCUAAUGCAGGCGCCCACAUUGGAAGGUCUCGAGAACUGCACAGAUGAUCCCGCCAGUAGGAGCUGGAUAGAUCAAAAACCAGCAGGAUGGACAGGCCAAGACUUUGUCAGAGCCGUGCAAUUAAGAUCAAACAACCUGACCGUAGCGGGCAUUAUGUCUAAGCCGCCGGAAUUGCGGAAAUGCAGGGCCGGCUGUGACAAAGUUGAAAGCCUGUCCCACGUCCUACAACAGUGUCCCGCCACACACUGGGAGAGGAUCAGGCGUCACAACGAGGUGGUCAAGAAGGUCGCCGGGCAUUGCAGGAAGAAGCAAUGGACGACCGAGGAAGAACCCCACGUCCAGCACCAGGAUGGCACACUUCUCAAACCAGAUUUGGUUGUCCACCAGAACAUACGCACACUUGUUGUGGACGUGGGGGUGAACUGGGAGGGAAAUCAACCCCUGGGGGUGACGUAUGCUGCCAAGAGGGCAGUCUACCAUAAUAACAAAUUCUCAGAGGCCGCACGGCAACGCUGGCCUGGCAAGACUCUACAAGUCUUGCCAUUGAUUGUUGGUGCUAGAGGGAUCUGGCCGAGGUGCAACGGGCCCACCGAUGAAACGCUCAAACUGACACGGGCGUUGAGGGCGAGCUGUGUACACAUCGCACUCAAAUGGGGCUCUUCGAUCCACCAAUCGUUUGGUCGAAGAGUCUGGAGAUGGCGUUGA